GUGCAGCGUCGCUCCCGCCAUGCCUUCCAGAGAGCACUCUCCUGAUGUUCAGAAAACGGCGACUUCGUCUACCACUCAGGCAGAACCAGCAGACGUCCGGUCAACAGGUGCCGCUGCAACCCCUCCUUCUUUGAGGAAAGGCGAAGGCGAGGAUGCCGUACCAGAAGACAAGGCGGAAUCGGUUUACGAACGACUUGAAGACGAUUGGCAGCACGACCCUCGUAACCCGAGGAACUGGUCCUCUAGCAGGAAGGUCAUUGCGACGACCAUCGUAUCGUAUUAUACAUUUGUCAGCCCACUUGCCAGUUCUAUGAUGGCUCCUGGUCUGCCGGCGAUAGCCUCACAUUACAAUAUCACUAGUUCGACUAUCAUCGCCAUGACUCUCAGCAUAUUCCUUCUGUCAUUCGCCAUAGGACCUCUGAUUUUAGCCCCAGUAUCCGAGAUGUACGGAAGGACCUGGGUCCUACAUAUAGGAAAUCUCUUUUUCCUAUGUUUUAAUCUCGGCUGUGCAUACGCACCGACUACGGGUAGUUUGAUCGGACUCCGGUUUCUUGCUGGAUUUGCCGGGAGUGCUCCAAUCGCCGUGGGUGGGGGUUCUGUUAGUGAUAUGUUCUCUGAAAAAGACCGUGCCGGGGCCAUGGCGGCCUAUACCUUGGGUCCUCUAAUUGGGCCUGCUAUCGGACCCUUAAUUGGAGGUUAUGUUGCCCAGAACAUUGGCUUUCCAUGGGUAUUCAAAAUUAUAGCUUGCUUGUGUGGCCUUGGUGCAGCAAUCGGUAUCCCGUUCCUGCGAGAAACAUAUGCUCCCGUGAUCCGUAUGCGCCUGGCGGCUCGCUCCGGAAACCCAGAAGAGGCAGCCAAACGACACCCGCAUCUUCAGACACAACACGGCAGUAAAAUACACGUUCUCUGGCUCAACCUCACUCGGCCAUUCAUUCUGCUGACUCGCAGCUACGUCUGUCUCUUGCUGAGCAUGUACAUGGGCCUUAAUUACGGAAUUUACUACCUCAUGUUCGCGACGUUCCCAGACAUAUUCGAGAUUGAGUACGGGUUCAGUACCGGCGCAGCAGGCAUUGCCUACCUCGGCCUCGGACUAGGAUUCUGCCUUGCAACCGCUAUUGGAGGUAAAGUGGGAAACACCCUUUAUCAUAACUCAGCCGCGAAGAACGGCGGGAAGGCCAAACCCGAAAUGCGGCUGCCCACGCUCAUAGCUGGCGCCAUUAUCGUCCCAAUCGGCAUUUUCUGGUAUGGUUGGUCUGCUCAAGCCAAAGUCCAUUUCAUGAUGCCAAUCAUCGGAACUGGUAUCUUUGGUUUCGGUCUCAUGAUGACCUUCCUUCCUAUUCAACUUUACCUGGUCGACUCCUUCGUGUAUGCUGCGAGUGCCUUGGCGGCUGCCUCGGUCGUUCGCUCACUUUUUGGCUUCAUUUUCCCUUUGUUUGCUACGCAAAUGUUCAACGCGCUAGGAAACGGUGGAGGUAACAGCCUACUCGGCGGUCUCGCGAUCGUUCUCGGUAUUCCAUUCUCGGUAUUCCUGUACAUUUAUGGGGAACGCAUACGUUCAAAGAGUGACUUGACGAGGCAGUCGUAAAGCACGACAUUAGUGAUAGACGUUGAUGAUGUGGUACUUCUACGGAGUGUUGCAGUUUUACUGGGAUAGAAAGACGUAUAUAGCAAACAUCUGCCAUUGUCGUUGCUGUAGCUCAUACAUCGCUCACAAUGAUGAU